AUGUCUACUGUUGUAAUUCCGCCGCUCUUCUGCCACCCCCGCCUCAACCGGCCUACCUAUCCGAGUUUCGGAAAGGCCCGGUUCUUUUAUCUAAAUUACACUCGGAGCCCAAGUCCGAUCUUCAAUGGCGCGUGUAUCCUUAGCUCACGCCAUCUCAACCCGGCUAAAGCUCUUCCUCUCCGAGCCAGCUCCACCGAUACUGCCAUCUUCGAAACAACUGAAUCUUCCGACGUCGUGUUUAGUGAAACUUUCCAAUUAAAACGACCUGAAAAGGUGGAGGGAAAGAUAACUAUUAGACUAGAAAAUGGUAAAGAUGAUGAGAGUUGGCAGCUUACCGUGGGAUGCGGUAUACCAGGAAAGUGGAUUCUUCACUGGGGAGUUAAUUACAUAGAUGAUGUUGGCAGAGAUUGGGAUCAACCCCCUCCAGAUAUGAGACCUCCAGGUUCUGUUGCCAUUAAGGACUAUGCAAUCGAAACUCCUUUAGAAAAAUUACUUGCAUCGUCGGAAGGAGAAGAAAUUUAUAAAGUGAAGAUUGACUUCAACACAAACAGUUCAAUCGCAGCUAUAAAUUUCGUCUUGAAGGAUGAGGAAACUGGAUCUUGGUAUCAGCACAGAGGAAGAGAUUUUAAGGUGCCUCUUAUUGACUACCUUCAAGAUGAUGGAAAUAUUGUAAGAGCUAAACAGGGUCUUGGCAUAUGGCCAGGUUGUUUAAAUCUUUCUAUACCGUAUAUUAUACCAUUUGUCUUGCAGUUAAUACUAGGCGUUCCGUCAAACCAAUUUAUUGAUACCAUGCAUUCAUCUAUGCUAGUUGACAUGCUUCGGUUAAGAACACGUCAAUGA